AAGCUCUCUUUGUUCAGUCUGGGUGUGUCUUUUUCUCCCGAAGGAGGGAGUUAAAAUUUUCUCGAGAAAAGGUAAGAGAAAAUUCCGGAGUGCUUGAAAACUUGGCAGGAAAGUUACGGAGAGAAACUUACAUAAAAUGACGAAUCAUUGCCAAGUCCAUCUUUGUUUGCAUUUCACGUGAGCUCAAGUGAUAUUCAUUCUUGAAUUUGGAAUGAUCGCAUGUUCUUCUGCCGGAUGACUUUGAACAGCUUAAAAACGUGAUGUUGUGUGAAAAAAUAUCAUAUUAGGAAACCUUUGGAGGAGUUUGAGUUGCAACAACCACAAAAAUUUUGUCCCUGGCUGCUCUUUAUUCAUGAGGAUGCCGAUGCUUAUCUAGCAGUUUGGCAUCAUUUAUUAGAUUAGGGAAGAAAUUCAUGGUUGUGUUAGGUUUUUGUGUUGAUUUUGGCUAUUUGAUGCACCCUUUCAGCUUGGCUGCUUGACCAAUCUAAGGUUUGGUAUUACCCUGUUGAAAUUCUGUAAACAUCUUGUUCCUUAAUAGCAUUUAGGCUCUAGAAGUUGGUGAUAUAAGCUUGAUUUUAUAUCUAAAGGUUCAGCAAUGUCAAUAGCCAGUGUAGCUCUUAGUCCUGUGCUUGAGGAGUCACUGAAUUUCCCUGGUAACUUUUCUGGGCGAAAUGAUCGGCCAUCAAGUGACUCAAUUUUGAUUUACCUCACUGUUGCUGGGUCUGUGAUUCCCAUUCGUGUAAUGGAGUCAGAUUCAAUUGCUUCUGUGAAGCUAAGAAUUCAGACUUUCAAGGGAUUUUUUGUGAAGAAGCAGAAACUGGUAUAUGAAGGGAGGGAACUGGCUCGUAACAAUUCUCGUGUCCGGGACUAUGGGCUUGCUGAUGGGAACGUAUUGCAUUUGGUUCUGCGGCUUUCAGAUCUCCAAGCUAUUACUAUUAGGACUAUGUGUGGGAAGGAAUUUGAGUUUCAUGUUGAGAAGGGGAGAAAUGUGGGUUAUGUGAAGCAGCAACUUGCUAAGAAGGGAAAAGGAUUUGUUGAUCUCAAAAAUGAAGAACUGAUAUUUAAUGGUGAAGAGCUUGAUGACAAGAGGCUUAUUACUGAGAUCUGUAAGAAAAGUGAGGUUGUAAUUCACUUGCUGGUUCAGAAAUCUGCUAAAGUAAGGGCAAAACCUGUUAAUAAAGAUUUUGAGGUGUCUGUUGACGCAAUAAAUUUAGAUGAGAAAGAGAAAGAGGUCAGGGAGGAAUAUCAUUGUAAGGAAACAUCUUUAGGAAAACAAGUUAUACAACAAAAGCCACUAAGGAGAGAUUUUCUCUUGGAGCCUUUGAUUGUUAAUUCUAAGAUUGAACUUCCUUUAGUCAUUAGAGAGCUUAUUAGAUCAACAUUUGAUGGAAUGGAUAAAGGAAAUGAACCAGUUCGGUCAUCAGAGGGAUCUGGAGGAGCGUAUUUCAUGCAAGAUCCAUCUGGUCAGAAUUAUAUCUCUGUCUUUAAGCCUAUUGAUGAAGAACCAUUGGCUGUGAAUAAUCCACGGGGGUUACCCUCGUCAGCGGAUGGGGAGGGGUUGAAGAAAGGCACACGGGUAGGAGAAGGAGCUUUGAGGGAAGUAGCAGCAUACAUUUUGGAUCAUCCAGUGGGUCGAUCCCAUUCAUUUUAUGAAGAGAAGGGAUUUGCUGGUGUUGCACCCACAGUGAUGGUUAGGUGCAUGCAUAAAGCAUUCAAUUACCCAGAUGGCUUCGAGUAUGCUUCCAGAAAUGUGAAAAUU